AUGUCGAAGAACCCGAAGGUCUUCUUUGACAUAGUGAUAGGUAAGAUGAAAGCAGGCAGGGUAGUGAUGGAGCUAUUUGCCGAUACAGUCCCCAAAACAGCAGAGAAUUUCCGAGCACUUUGUACUGGGGAGAAGGGCAUUGGGAAAGCUGGGAAGCCACUCCAUUACAAGGGCUCUUCUUUCCACCGUAUAAUCCCCAAAUUCAUGUGUCAGGGUGGAGACUUCACCAGAGGGAAUGGGACUGGUGGGGAGUCCAUCUAUGGGGAGAAGUUUCCAGAUGAGAAUUUCAAGCUGAAGCACACUGGACCUGGCAUCCUGUCCAUGGCGAAUGCAGGGUCGAACACCAACGGCUCCCAGUUCUUCAUUUGCACCGAUAAAACCUCGUGGCUUGAUGGUAAGCACGUGGUGUUUGGCCAAGUCGUGGAUGGAUAUAGUGUUGUGCAGGAGAUGGAGAAGGUUGGGUCCUAUAGUGGCACCACUUCAAAAACUGUUGUUAUUGAGGAUUGUGGUGAGGUUGAUGGGUGUGAGUGA